GAGCUUUAAAGUGGAGGAUGAAGAGCAGUGUGUCAGCACUGAGGUGGCCAGCUAUAGGAGUAUGGAGAGUGUCAAGGAAGAUGACCUUCAUUAUGGAGAUCAAGAUGGAGCAGUGACCCCGUUAAUCUCUUCUCAUAGCAGACACUCUUCAACUCCGGAGUCUUCUAUUAAUGUAAAAUAUGAAUCAUUACAGUCUGACAGAAAGGGAACUGAAGACAUUUCAUCUUCUAGAACUGAGGAAGGUGAGCCAUCAACUAAGAUGUCAUCUGAAAUAAGUAUAAAACUUCACUGCUGUUCUGAAUGUGGCAAAGAGUUUUCUGAAAUGAGUAAUCUUCAGAGCCACAGAAGAAUUCACACAGAAGAAAACCCGUAUUGUGGCCCUGAAUGUGGAAAACAAUUCACUUGCAGUGGUACUCUUCAGACUCGUAUUACAACUCGCACAGGAGAGAAGCCAUAUUGCUGUUCUGAAUGUGACAAACAGUUUUCAAAGGGAAGCAGCCUUCAGAGCCACCAAAGAAUCCACACAGGUGAAAAGCCAUAUGACUGCUUUGAAUGUGGUAAACAGUUUUCAGAAAGAAGCCAACUUCAGGGCCACAAAAUAAUUCACACAGGUGGGAAGCAAUAUUACUGUUCUGAAUGUGGUAAACAAUUCCUGCGACGUAAUACUCUUCUGAGGCACAUUAAAACUCACUCAGGAGAGAAGCCAUAUUGCUGUUCUGAAUGUGGCAAGAAAUUUUCAAGAAGAAAUAACCUUUCGAUUCAUGAAAGAAUUCACACUGGAGAGAAGCCAUAUUGCUGCCCUGAAUGUGGAAAACAAUUCACUUACAGUAGUAAUCUUCAGGCACACAUUAAAUCUCACUCAGGAGAAGCCGUACUGUUGUUCUGA